AUGGCGAAACCCACACCACAACUCGCGGGCAUACUGAGACUCCCCCAAGAACUACUGUGGUGGAUUUUGCUGCCGGACGUUGCCUACCACUCCGUCUCUCACGUGUUCCAGGACAGGGCGCCCAACGUGGUCAAUCACGACCCCGAGUUCUUCUUGAGAUGGAGGAAGUUCUGGAGGAUGCGCACCGUCUGCCGUCGCUUCAACGACUUCCUCUUUCCGUUGCUAAGCCAUGCCUUCCGUCAGGAGGCCCUCAGCAUACUGGCCGCCACGAUUAUCGUCAACGGUCCCCAGCAUGAGCUCGGUUGGAUAGGGGUCAUCGAGGGCUGCUACCACCCGCUACAGCCCCUCAACCAGAUCCUGGAGCGUUGGAUGCUGGACGAUCGGCAGAGGACCAGUUUCCUCUGGAACAUGUACGUGGCCCUCAGAAACCCGAAGCACGUGGUCGCUCGCCACGACCACCUGUUUGCUAUGAACAAUGACCGCGCCGAGACACUGGUACUGUGCGCUUUCGACGACUGGUGCUGGCUUUAUAGGGAAGACCUCCUGAGGCUCGGCGUUCCCACCGGUCCGUGUAUGCAUUGGUGGCGCGGUGAAGAUCCCGUGGGCUGCGUUGCGUACAAGAACAUGCAGGAGGCUCAGAUGCAGACCGUGGAAUACUUGCACAUGACCGUGGCCGACCCUUCGAGAUUGGUCGAGGAAGUCAUGAAGUCAUGGUUCAGGACGGUGAUCUAA